AUGACUUGUUUCCUUGAUGAAGGAACCUACAUCAUUCAAAAUUACGAGACAAUGCGCUACUUGUAUAUGGAGGGAGAGAGGAUUGAGAAGCGAGGAGAUGAAGGAGGAUGGUUGGAAGAAACUGGACGUGAAGCGCCACCUGCGGUUGGAGCUUACUCGAACUUCUACAAUCGAACAUACUGGAGGUUGCUUCCUCAAGGCGAGGGCAAGUACUUAAUUGAAAACGUGGAGACCAGGAGGUACUUGUUUCAAAGCGGUCCAAAGAUUACGGGCGAUCGAGGAGACGAAAAUGGGUGGCAAGAGUCCACGGGAUUUCAAUCACCGCCUGUUGUUGGAGCUGAUGACAACUACGAAGACCGUGCGUACUGGAGAUUCCUGCCAGUAAGUGAUAACAAGUACUUUAUUGAAAACAUUGCGACGCAGAGGUAUAUGCUUCAAGAUGGAGAGAAGCUUAAAGGCAAUAGUCGAAGAGAAGAGGGUCGUGGAUGGUCACGAUUGAAAGGACCCCCUACAUUAGGAGCUGAUGCCAAUUACUUCAAUCGUGCUUACUGGAGGCUAUAUAGGCAGUAA